GUUUAUAAUUUCAUAAUCCUUGUAAUUAUUAUUUUUAUUUGAUCACUCAUUAAAAUAGUGUAUUUUGAAUAAUUUAAACACAAAAAAGUUCAAGAGUUAACAGCAUCAUCAUGAAUGACAACCACAGACAACUGAUUAUAAAAAGGAUCAAUGAGCUUGUGCAUUAUACGGAUUUCAAAACAAUGAUUAAUGCGUGCCUCAAGAAAAAAGUGUUAACAGAUGUGAUGGCUGAUAUAAUCUACAAAGAUGGAAUAGAUGAUAUGGACAGAAACCGUUUAUUGUUCAUGAAGUUGACUCAUCGGGGACCUAAAGCUUUCGAUAGAAUCAUCGAUAUAUUAAAAGAAAAUAACUUUGAAGAAGCAUACAAGAUUCUUAAUGCUUCACCUAUUCCAGCAGCUACAUUUACAUCUAAAGAUGAUGUUGUGAUGGAGGACGAAAACAGGUUUCUAUCAAUUAAAGGCACGACUAAUAAAAUAUCUUCUAAUUCCAUUCCUUAUGCUCCGCCAAGUCCAAUUGAUUAUUCCGUUGACAGUGAUGACAAAGACUCAACAACAACAUUUGAUGGAUCAAACAUGACUAAAAUUAUUAAGAAAAAAAUCAAACUCGAGCCUUAUACAGCAAAAACAUCAUUUUAUGAUCGUGACUUGGAAGUUAAGCGAGCAGCAAAUUUUGGUUCACAUCCCAAACUUCAAGUUUAUAACAUGAAAUCAAAGAAACGAGGAGUUUUCUUCUUUGUCAAUAUUAUCAAAUUUGUUGCUGGUAAAGCUGAUCGAACUGGAGCAGAACAAGAUCGUGAGAAUCUCGUUACACUUUUCAGAGAAAUGAAUUACACGGUUUUCUAUUACGAAGAUUUGACGCGAAAUGAAUUUUUCGAUCUUAUGAGACUUUUAAUCAAAUCUGAUUAUCUUAAGAAUAUUGACUCCUUCAUAUUUUGUAUUCAAACUCAUGGUACUUUGUAUAAAAACCAUACAAUAAUGGAUUUUAGUGAUGGGCCUACAUGUAGCAUUGAAGACGUUCUUCAAAUGUUUUCCAAUACAAAUUGUGAGAGUUUGGCGUUUAAACCAAAAGUUUUCUUUUUUCCAUUUUGUCGAGGUUCAAUUUCCGAUAAAGAAAAGCAUAUUAAAUUACAUUCAAUUGAAACGGAUAGUGGAGGUUUUAACCUUUCAGUGCCAUCAUACAGUGACAUUCUAAUCUGUUACGGCACCGUCCCAGGAUUCCAAACGCAUCGUGAUACCGGUUUUGGAAGUUGGUAUGUAAGGGAGCUUUGCAAAAUUGUUGCUGAUCAUGCAUGCGACACACAUAUUGAGGAUAUGUUGAAAAUGGUUGGCAGCAAAACGAUGGAACGAAGAGAUGAGGGAAGACUACAAGUUGCUUCGACUGAGAAUCGGGGAUUUUAUAAACUUUUAUAUUUUAAUCCGAAAAUAUUUGAUUUUGCUAAUUAA